UUACGAAGGGUUGAAGCUUCUUAUCAGAGGAAGAUAUUCACGAUCUGGUAACGGAAAAGCGCCAAAACAUGAAAUACAUCGUGGUGAUAACUGUAGCCCUCUGGAUCACAGACUCGGUGAGUGUUAUCGCAGCAGAUUCUUCCGAUGAUCUCUCAAUUGGUGAAGAAUUAGUUUUGCGUUGUAAAGCCGAAGGCAAUCCAGAAACCCAAAUCACAUGGUACAGAAAUGGUGUCCGUUUAUUUCGAAAUGAAAAAAUUUCUUUGAAAUCAAAUAAACUGCACAUUACAGAUUUAGCGUUAGAAGAUAAUGGCAUUUAUUCAUGUAAAGCAGUUAAUGACGUUGGCUCUGUGAAUAGCAGUGAAAAUUUUGCUCUCAGAUUAUCAGAUGGUGAAAGUCCUUUUAUUUCUGUCGUACCACGGGAUGUCAUAGCGCGGGAAAAUGGAGCUGCCUAUUUUGAAUGUUCUUAUGAAAAUGCUGCUUCUACUCAAUGGUUUUUCCAAAGUGAACCACUUGAAAAUAAUAGCAAGUAUACCAUUUUUCCAAAUGGAAGCCUAAGUAUCUCUUUUGUAGAAACUGAAGAUGCAGGUAUUUAUGAAUGCAAAGGUGAAAGUGCUGAUUCAGCUUAUCCUGAUCAAGUCUAUGCCGUACAGUUAAAAAUAGCAUAUAUUGACAAUAUGACUUCAGAAUCAUUAGAACCUCAACCCCGUGAAGAUCAGACUGCUGUUGUCACGGUUCAUGAUCCAUACGAUGUAACUUGCCUUGCUCCAGAUGGUCUGCCUAAACCAAAAAUGUGGUGGGAAAAUGCCAAAGGUCAUGUGAUCAACGAUAGCGGCCGUGUAUAUGUUGAAGAUAUGAGACUCAUUUUUUCAGAAGUUGAAGAAUCUGAUGCUGGAGAAUAUGUUUGUGUGGCUGAAAAUGUGGCUGAGAAAAGGAAAGUCGGUUUUACUCUAGUUGUAUCAGUUGCACCAGUUAUUGUCAAACAUCCAGUGGAUAUUACAGUUGAUGAAGGUGAAACUGCAAGUUUUCAAUGCAAUUUUAAAAAUUCCUCUUCAGCUGUUGUUUACUGGUUGAAAGAUGACAAUUAUUUAAAGGAUUUAGGGAACCAUAUAAUUUUCAAUGAGCAGAAUAGUAGCUUGACAGUUCGUAAUGUUGUCCCUUCCGAUUCGGGUAUUUAUCAGUGCGAAAUCAAUAGUGAAGGAUUUCCACCAGUUCUUUCCGAAAAAGCUGCCCUUGUAGUUAGAGAGAAGUUAAAAUUCAUGCCCGCUCCUGUCAACAGAAAACUUGAGCUUGGUUCAAAUGCCAAAAUAUACUGUAAAGCUGGAGGAUCAACCCCUCCUAUUGUUAAAUGGAGUAGAAUUGAUAUUCGUUCUUCAGAAUGGCCUCCACAUAUUAAAGAUGAUAAUGGUACUUUGCACUUCAAUCGUGUUCUGAGCACUGAUACAGGCAAAUACAUGUGUGUUGCUACCAAUACUCAAGGAAUUAUUAAUGCUACCAUAGAUGUGGACGUUAUAGUUAUGCCGAAGUUUAGUGUACAGCCAUCAGAUACAGUUGCUAAUGAAGGAGAUCCAGUUAUUCUCCACUGUUUGGCGGAGGGAGAUCCUAUUCCUAUCAUACAAUGGGACAAAAACAAUGAGCUUAAUGGUUUUAACCACCAGAGAUUCAAGGUUUUAGAAAAUGGAUCCCUGUAUGCAUCUGAAAUAAACGCUGAUGACGAAGGAAAAUAUGGCUGUACGGCUGGAAAUAGUGGAGGAUUAAGAAGACACGAAGUUAGCUUGAUUGUUAAAGCCAAAGAACUGAAUACGAAUAGAAUUGGACGUGGUGGAUUCGGAAAUGAGGAAGAAAGCACUAUGACGAAGACGGUUACAAUUACUCUUGGAGCAGCUGGUGUUUACAUUAUCCUUGUAGUUGGUUUAAUGAUGUGGUGCAGAUAUCGAAGAGCUAGAAGAAAAGCUUUGAUGCUUGCACAGGCUAUUGCAGAUGCUGAAAAUAGUGAUGUUCAUGACAUGGAACUAAAGGAUCGGAACCCGCAAAAAACAUAUAAUGGUACAAAUCCAGGCGAAGAAAAUGCAGAACUGAUGAAAAAUGCAGAUUUUAAUAAGCUUCUUUUUCCAAGAGAAAAGCUUUCUACUGUGAUGCUUCUAGGUCAUGGGGAAUACGGGGAAGUAUUUCUUGCGAAAGCAGAAGGUCUGACAGGAGACAAUUCAGAUUCUGUUGUAAUGGUAAAAGCUUUAGAAAACAAGAGUGAUAAUAUUAUUGCUGAAUUCAACAAGGAGUUAACAAUGUAUUCAAAAAUGAAGCAUGAAAAUGUUGGAACUCUUCUUGGAAUAUGUCAAGAUACGAAACCACAUUGUCUGAUUAUGGAUUAUACUGACUGGGGAGAUUUGAAGCAAUUCUUAUUAGCAACUAGACCAGAAGAAGUUUCAAAAGCACCCAAGCAAGCGCCUCUAUCAGUUCCUCAAAAUUUGAUCAUAUGCCAGCAGGUAGCUGUUGGAAUGGAGUAUUUGGCUAAACAAUUUACUCAUAAAGAUUUAGCUGCUAGAAAUUGUUUAAUUUCUUCAAAUAUGAAGAUUAAAAUCAGCAGUCCUUGUUUAUCACUGGAUACUUAUGCACAAGAGUACUUUCAAUAUCAAUCAAAAGUCAUUCCACUCCGCUGGGCCCCUUCAGAAGCCGUAAUGGGAAAUAAUUGGUCGGCCAAAAGUGACGUAUGGUCCUUUGCUUGUUUGGUGUGGGAAGUUUUCAAUAAAGCCGAAUUGCCGUAUUUAGAAAUGUCUAAUGAAGAUGUUUUACAAAAACUCCAAGCUGGUAAACUUAAACUUUCUAUUCCUGAAGAAGCACCUGAAAGCCUAGUCAAACUUUUAGAAAGAUGUUGGUCCCAGAAUCCAAGUGAACGACCCUCUUUCUCUGAAGUGGUGGCAGUGUUUGUAGAACUGAGUGUUGCUGUACAAAUGUGAUAUCUUUCUCUACAUUCUUCUGUAAAUGAGAUCUGAUUAUCAUGCAUAGGUAGCUGCAUGAGAAAUUGAACUCCCUCUUUUGAUUUGAAAAUCGAUGAAGGAGAGGACUAUUUAUUUCUGUCUAGCAUUUGUGAACAGUUUUGCUAUUGCUCUGAAGUGUCUGCUUGUAUACGUCUUAAGUGAAUGUGAUGGAGUCAAUUCAUCUGAAAUUCCUUUUUACAAAUUUCAUGAAAUGUCAUUUUCUUGUCUCAUAUUUUUUAAAACAUGCAUUUUAUAGAAAAUUUGCAGCUAUUAUGAAGACGUUUUGUGUAAUUUUAAUUAGGGAAUGUUAGAUUAGUAUACUAUCAUAUGCAUAUGUAGUUUUAAAUCGAUGCAUUUAUAUAUAUUCAUUUGCUUUUUUCAUUGUAAUUUUCUUUAUAAGAGCCGAAGAUUUUUAAAGGUGCAGAACGAGGAUUUAAAUUAGAAUCACUGACUUUUGUGAAAUACAAGUUUUAGAUGAAGUUUGAUAUUAAGUAGUGUAGAAAAAGCCAAAAUGCGCAUAAAAUAAUAUUUAUGUUUGGAAUACUUUUCAUAAAAUUAAGUAGUGUAAAAAGAGCCAAAAUGCUCAUAAAAUAAUAUUUAUGUUUGGAAUACUUUUCAUAAAACCUCAUAGAUAAAUAUUCUUACAUUUUAGAAAUAUUCAUAAGUCAUUUCUUGGAUCCGAUACGUGUUAAACAUUCCUCACAAUUUCGUCAAUCGAAAUUGUUUUCAACUUAAAUAAGUAUACUUUUGGAAGAUAUUUAAACAGUCAUUUCAACAAGUAUAUUUCCUUUUUCUCAGGAAAUGAUUUGUUAAUGAACAUUAUUUGAAUAUAUAAAACAGCUGAUUAUUUACGUUGAACACAAACGUGAUAAUAAUUAAUUCUUCUCUCUCGUUUAAAUUCAUGUUUCAAUUCAUAAUUCAAUUUAUUCAUUCAAUUCAUGAUUCAAUUUUCAAUUCAGUGAAACCUCGCUUUACGAGCAUAAUUCUUUCUCGAAGCAGUCUUUAAGUGGGUGAUUUUUUUUCCAUAGGAAUCUAUGUAAAAUAGGACAGCAUACUCCCUCAAACAAAUUUAAACAAAUUCAUAAUGUAAUUUAUUAUUUAUAGUGCAUGCCUUUUUACAAGAAAAUUGUCUAAAGAUAUGUGUCUUUGGUUACGCUUCAAAAUUUGGCGAAAAUGAGACACAGCAUUAUUUCUAAAGGAGUAGCAUGCAUAGCUACUGCGUUAUCAGAAUGAUACUUCUCAGCAUACAAUGAAAUAAUUGUCCAUACUUUCAGCAUUUCCCUUAUAUUUUCCCUUCAGCAGUCUCCUUCACAACUCUGUUCUUCCACCAAUUCAUCGAUUUCGUUGCUAUCCAACCUGACCUCAAAAUCUUGUCCGAAGACAAAAUCUCAUGGAUUAAGGCACCAUAGGCACUUGUUCAGAACCCCUUGACGUCACGUUCGAGCCGUUAUACGGCCAAAACUUCUGACUGGUAGAUAUACAGUUUUUUUUUUUUUUUUUUUUUUUUUUUUUUUACAGUAGUUUAAGUAAAAACAGUUCCCAGAAAUUAGUUUUGCAAAAAUAUUUAUCAAAAAAUGCUACUUUACCCAUAAAUAGCAUAAAAUUUUUAAUUUCGUUACUCGAUAUGAAAUUUGCUGUUAUGUUGCUAUACCUGUUACAUUCCUUAAAUCUCUCACCACUAACUCGGCUAUGAAAGUUCUAUAAGUCUAUUUCUAGUUUCUAUUUCAAACGCUGGGUGUAGAAUGUAAAGCAAGGGUAUCCGUGGUGAUAACUUAUUUUCAUCCUGCACCUCUGAUUUAAAACAAAAAACUGGUCCACCAGCUUAAAACUUACAUGACUGGGAUUGUAGUGAAUGGAUUGAUUUUUUUUUCAGAAUUUCUAUAUUUUUUUAAUCAUUUUAGAUUUUUUUUUUCAUUCAUUUUAUGGUACAAAUGAUUUAUCAUCAGUAAAUCAUUCAUACCAUGAACAGUCCAUGCAUCGUCUCUUCUAUGAAAUAAAUAUUUGAAACAAUAUAAUGCAUUUUUUGCUGUAUAGCCGUAUGACCAACCAUGUUUAGAAUAAAUAUCGCUGUAAAUUUUUCGCUGGUACGUGGUUUUUCUUCAAGGAGAAUUUGAAACAAAGCUCAAAUCCGACUUAGAGUGGCUGUAUUUUUGUAUAUUCAUUCAUUCUCUCAAUGAAAGCUGCGAAAACAGAAUUUUUUGAAGAUAGGUUACAUUCAUCGUUAUUAUAUGUAAUAAUAAUAAUUGAUCCCUCUUUAUAAAAAUUUUCACCUAGAUAACAUUUUAAAAGUUGUCUACACAUCUUUUUUUUUUUUUUUUCAAAGAACGAUCUUUUAUAAAAGAUGUUUAUUAAAUGAAACAAAUAUGUUUCAACUAAGACAACCAGAAGCAAAAUCGAAAUUCAUAAGCAGCAUGUGAGAGAAAGUAGAAGGAAAGAAAAACGCUGAAAGAACGAAUGUGAAUUUUGGAGAGGGCUGGAAAAAGAAAAGGAUCAGAAUUGCAAUUCCACCAGACCCGCGCUUCAAGGCGUGUCUGAUGGAAUUGUAGCUCUAGAUAUUCUUUAAUUCAAAGGGAGAAAAGGCUGGUUUUAGUCAUCAAAUGAGUCAAUCAAUUGUAUACGCAGCGGAUUCUCAUAGACUUCAAAAUAAUUAUAUCCGACCUGCGUUUUUCUUUCUUGUUGAUUUACUUUCUGUACUCACGUUUUUUCUUCCCCGUUGAUUUUAGAACUCUUAGAAUAAUAAAAUAAGUUUUAAACAACGAACCUUCGAGUAGGGAAAUGUUCUUAAAUUUAUUUUUUUCAUAUAAGCGAAAAAUGACACAAAGAAAAUAUUGUCGGAGUCAGUUGCCACUGGUUCCAUAUUUAUUGAUUUUGUUUAAGUCACAUUCUUGGGUACGAGGAUUAAAAGUAAUACGGUAAGCUAAGAAAGAAUUGUAAAUCAGAAUAGGAAGAUACUAGUAUCUUGAAACUUAUGCAUAUAAAAUUUCAAGAGAAGUUUGUUAUAUUAAAAAAAUAAAUUAUUCUUUUUUAUAGAUUUUCCUGAAACAAUAUUUCUAAUAAACCCUAUGUUCUGAGGGCUUCUGUAAAUUAUAAACCUAGUUUGAACGACGUGCAUAGCAUCUGCAUAAUUAUACUCAAAUUUUAGCUCAGGCAGUCAAUUUCAUAAAAUGAUUAUAUAACCUCUCCCAAUUCAUGUAUAAAAUUCCGUCGACCAGGAAAUUUGGCGCAAACUCCACCAAAAUGACAAUGACUCCUCCAGUGCUUAUUUAAAAGAAUUAAAACUAAAAAUUAACUUAAAAAAUGUUGAAACUAUUAUUUUUAGAACAUACGAUACACAAUUUGUGGCAAUAUUUAUUAGCAGAAAAAAAUAGCUAUUUAAACAUAAAAAGAAUAAUAUUAUAUUGGCGGCCAAAACUAUCUUAUAGCAUUCAAAAUCACUAUAAAUUAGUCUUCUUCUUUAUGAAGACGGACGGCGUCACAUAAUUAUUUCAAAUAAAUACGAGUCUAAGCACCAUUAUUAUUUGCCAUUUUGCUGAGCCGCAUAAUCUUUCAGUUUGUGCAUCAGUAUCCUGGUCGACAAAAUUAUAACUGAUUCACCUUGAAAUGUUCGAAAUGUGCAGCUCUUAAUUCAUUAGUCUUGUAUGCCUUCCAUGAGUCAGAACAAAACAAUAGAUCCUUCUUCAAUAUUUUCUUUAAUUACUUUAGUUUGACCGUCGUUCUAUCAGGAACUCUUAUGGUGAAACUCUCGUUAUUCUCUCCACAAAUUCCUCCAAACAUCCAUUGUUCUGUAAGUAUACUACCUACUUGGCUUUUGGUAUUGUGAAAAGACUUAUUUCUACUAUGUCGUUAGGUUAUCCGAUUGUUUUCUUCUUUGGUCUUGACAAAAAGUUGUGAGGGCACACUUCUCUUAGGUAACUUUUCCAGUUUAUUACUGUCUUGUUACUCAAAUCUAAUAGAACAUAUCCCUAUUCAAGAAUUGUUAGCUCUUCGCAUUAACAGUAAAUAAAUCUGAGUGCAAUAAGAGAAGUGUCAGAAAAGCAAUAUUGGAACCCUGCAACCAAGUUCCUUUUCGAAUAGAUACUCGCCUGGCACAGUUUUUAACGUCACAACGCCAUUAUUUGACACAAAUAAAAUUUCAUAUAGUGCUCGUUGGCGCAUUUUUUAUGCCAAAAUUCCAUAAUGUUGAAAAUACUCAAUCGCAUUCUGCUCUGUAGUAGGUAGGUCCCAAAUUUUUAUCAUUUUAUUGUGUAAAAGCAGAGAAAUAACUACUACACUGAACUCUUGUUUAAAGAAACAUAAAUGGUUUAUCAUAUUAACAACCAUAUAUUUCGAAAUAAUUUUCCAUUAUUGGUGAAAAUCAUGUUUUUUGGCGUCAUUUUUUGGUUUUAGCGAAAAUGAUAGACGGGAUUUUACACAUAUGCCCCUUCCUCUUUCUCUUAUGGGAAAAGGUUACUCAUCAAUGUAUCUUCAAACAAAAGGCUUAUUUACAUAUUUUUCAAAGAUGUUUUGCUUGAGCAUAUAUGUUUAUCAACAGUUGAACAAAUAAAUAAAUUUUUAAAUAAUAUAAAUAAUUUUACUUUGUAAGGAUGGUGUUAGCACUUAGGCGAGAAUAUAGGAAAUGAAAAUUUAGAAUAUCCUACAAUGUAAAUAUUCUUCCUUUCACAUCUUUAGUAACUAAAAAUAGCUGUUUCUUCUUCAUUGCAUUUGAAUUUCAUUUGUAUUUUAUAACAAUUUUUUUAAAGUUGUAUCAAAUUAUGUUUUCAUAAUGAAUUUAGAAGGUUUUUGAUCAUGCUGCAUUUAUAUAUAUAUAUAAUUUAUUAGAAGCGAACUCAUUCAACAAAAUUUCAUAAUUUUCGUUUUUGUUCUAGAAGUAGCCUUAUUAAAUUUCAGUUUUAAUACAACAUUAUUCAAUUUAUUUUCGAGGAAAGAAGAAAAGAAAGUUUCGAGAAAAGAAAUUUUUUUUUAAUCCCUUGGUUUUUCGUUAUGAUAUUGUUUUGUCUUUUAACAUGUUGAGUUUAUGAGGACAGUUAUUGUGCAAUGUGUUUUAGUUGCUGAAGAAAUGUCAGUGAAAAAUAAAAAUAUUUUACAUACAGCAUCAUUGAUCAUUAUAUCAGUACUGAAAUUUUUGUUUAGAUAACCUACAUGAGGAAUUUUAAAACUUAUGAUUGAGAAAUUAUAAUUUUCUCAAUAUAUGCAAGCUCUGUUGUCAUGUGAGUUAUAGCUUACAAUUCAAGCGCGUUAAUUUAUAACAUUUUCAUGCUAUGAAAAUCUUUUACUUAUUAAUUAUGAUUUUCCUAUUCUUUUAAUGCAUGUUUAUAUGAUGUUUUAAUAACAGUUAGUUAAGGUAAGUUCACUUAGCAUUCUUUUUGAGCUUUUCUACAUUGUGUCUUGGAACUACGAAAAUGAUUUUUCAGGAUUCUGAGCUCAAAAAAAUAGUGUUCCUAUUUGAUUCAGGGUUGCCACGCCAGCGGGAGAGCAGGGAAAACCGAGAAAACACAGGGAAUUAAAAAAUCAUCUAAAAAAACCGGGAAAAUGCAGGAAAAUUCGAAAUUUUUUAUAAAAACCAGGAAAAUUUGAAAUUUUUUUUAUAAAACCUGGGAAAAUACAGGGGAUUUCAAGUUUCUUAGUUAUUUUUUCCCAUUUAAGAAAUGCCGAUUUCUAAAGAUUGCAAGAAUAAAAGAUUGUAGUUAUAGCUUCCAAAAACGAAACCAUACCAUUCGUGAUUGUGCAAUACGGAAACUCACCUUUUUUUUUCUAUUCUCUCCCCUUUUUUUCCGUUUAGAUCAUUCCAGUUUCGAUUUGCCAGGCAGUUGUUCUUCUUCCAUGCGAUUCCCGAAUUGAAGCUAAUGAGCAUGCACGAGACAUGUUUUAGACUACCAUACCUGAGUUUAUUAAAUGAUUUGUUUAUUGUUUGAGAAACUGCGAGCUUGUUCAAAGCAGAUUGGAGAUUUUUUUUUUAAACAACUAUAAUCGGCUCAAAAUUUAAUUCGAAUUUAAUACGAAUUGGAUGGAUUAAAAAAGAAGAUUAAUCCUGAUUUUCCUGAAUGGGCUCGGGAAGUUCCGCCAAAUUCAUUUGUUGCGCACUGCUUCAUUUAUAAAAAAAUAAUAAGCUUAAGUAAUAUGGGAAAAUAUGCACUUACUAGUCAUGCUAAAAGAGGAAAACAUACAAGACUGCUUGCCCGUUCAAAAGUCAUCAUUGAUGUUGGACUUAGUAUCUAAAAGGAAUACAUGAAAAGAUGACAUGUCAAAUCCGUGAAUAAACCGGUUUCGAACUUUUUAGUUCAAGAACAAUAAUUUAAAGCUGAAUUUUUAUGAACAUUAAAACUUGUUACGUCACAUUCGUCCUUUAAUGCAUUCAAUGAUAUAUCGAAAUAUUUUCACAUAGGUUCAUACGAAAAUAAAAUUGGUGAAAAAUAUACAUUAGGCCGUUUAAAAAUGUCGUACCUUAUUUAUUAAGGAUUAGCUCCAUGAAACUGAUUUCUGAAAAAUCUGAUGAAAUUGAUGCACAAAUACAUGAAUUUGCAAAAAUUAAUUUAAAAAAAAAAAGAAAUCUUGCUUUGUAAUGUUUUGCGUUUUAUUUCACCCGACUUCUUAAUUUUGGGGGGACUUAAAGAGGAUGAGAGGUAAUAUAUCCCCCUUCCCUACUUAAUAUAUAAAUUUUGUCUUGCUAAAUUCUAUAUAAUAAAUAAUGAAAAAUUGUCUUUUUUUUGUAAAUAUAAAUCUACUUUUAAUUUGCUAUUAUUUUGUAUAAUAUUAAAUUGUUGCUUCCUUUCCGUGCUUUUUCCACUCAUUAAAAUCAUAUUUCAUUAUGACUAGCACAUGAGUGCUAUUGUCUCUUUUUCUCGUAAUCCUGAAUCUGCGUACAGGGAAAACACAGGGAAUUUUUUUCCCAGCUUUGAGUGGCAACCCUCUGAUUCUACAUUGUAAAAAAAAAAAAAAAAAAAAAAAAAAGAUCAUUCUUAUCGGAUGAUAAUAAUUUUUCAUUUAAAUCCCUGCAAUUAGACAAAGAUUUAAACUAAAAGUUUCUUACGGCAUCCUUUUUACAAAUAAAAAUAAACAUUUAUGCGCCAUGAUUCAUAAAUGGAUAAAAGCAUUUAUUUUUCCUGUAUAAAAAUAAUUUACGAUUUGUAUAUAUUUUUUACAUUGUUGUAAUAUUAAUUAAAAGUAUGCAUUUUUAUACAAUUUCUCUAUCCAAUAUAUUUUUGAAGUUAUUUCUUUUUGAAAUGUUUGCUCACUCAUGAUUUUAAUACAUGUUACAUGAAAUUUCGGUAUUUUUGUAAUAUAAUCUCUAUUAAGGCUUAUUUUUGUUUUCUUAAAAAACUGUUUAGAUUUUGCUAAGAAUUGACGCUGUUUUGAGUAACCUACUUGAUGAAAAUGCGUAAUAGGAAAUUUUGGAAAGUUUUAUGUAAUAGUAAUCUGAUGUAAUUCAGUGUGAAUACACUUGUUGAUAAACAAUUUAUAAUUGUAAUUUUGACUCUUAAUUUGUUAAAAUAUUGCAUUCUUAAUAGAAGAUAGGAUUUAAUGUUUGAAAACACCUGUUUUUUUUUUGUUGUUAACAUGUGAUAUUUUUUAAAGUUUUAUUUAUUUUUUAUAUUGUUAGAACUGAAAUUUCAAAAAGAAUUUUGAUAUUAUAUUGGUUAGCUGAAUUAGAAUCUAAAUAUUUUAUAUUUAUUAUAAUCAUGUGCAGACACAUCAGUGGUCAAUAUUCAAAGUAAAUACAUACUAGUGUAGGUUAUAAUGCAAGAUUGUUUUUAAAUGUUUGAAUCUCAUGCUGAUGUUUAUAUAUUAUUGACAUGCAAUUAAAAUAAGUUUAAGUGCUGUACUUUUUCUUGUUUGGGCAUUAUAUCCAAAUAAAUUAAGCAGUAUUACAGAUGUAAAGCACAAUAUUUAUUUUAAUGUAUUUUGCUAUACAAACUUUUUUCUUUAAUGUGUGUAUACCUAACUCGCUUCCAUAUGAUCCUGCAACAUGU